CGCACGGCGCGGGACAAGCCGCAGUCCGUGAGGCUCCACGGCAACGUCGGCGACCUCGGCUAUUACUAUGUCGAUGCCCUCGUUGGCUCCCCGCAGCCGCAGCGGACCUCGCUGGUCGUGGACACGGGCAGUGUGCUGUGCGUCAUGAGCUGCAGCGAGUGUAGCCACUGCGGGCCGCAUCUGGACGACCCCUUCGAUGCGGGUAGGUCUCAGACUCUGUCCUGGGUGGCGUGCGGCCCGCACCAGACGUGCGGCCAAUGCGUGGACGGGCGCUGCGGGUACCACGAGGAUCCGGGGACGCGUACUCGGAGGGGAGCGCCGUGA